UUCCUGUAAACAUCUUUGAGUCAAACGGGUGGAGUGUGAGCGAGGAGAGAGGAGCUUAUUCUAGGCGGUCUCUCGCAGACUCUGGUGAGAAACAGGCUGGAGAGGCGGCGGUGGAGCGCUCGGGAGGACUCCAUGUGUUCGGACCAGCGUCGCAGCCUCGUGCAGAGCGUCUGGAUCAGAGGAGCGGGGGGUCACCCACCCAGGAUUUCUCCAGAGACGGAGGAAGAUUAAGAUCACGCGACACGAAAUCAUUCCCGUUAUUUAUUCCAGCCUCGUUUAGUGGACAGGAUCAGCGCUCUGCUGCGUCUCCACACAAACAUCCGCUCUUCCAUCCGUUUGGCUUGUUUGCGUUUUAUUUGUAUUUUCUUCAAAGCAAGAUGCCGAAACGGGAGAGAAAAGUGAAGCUGGCUCAGUCGGGAACAGACUGUUUGAAACAUCAAGACGCCUUAUAGGAACGAGGCGGUAGCUGAAGGUCCGUCGGAAAAACUCCGGAGAGCGAGGCUAUAUGACGAUCGCAACACAGUUGUUGGCUUUCCCUCGCAGAAAUGCCAGUGCGUGCUGUGACCACCAGGUUCAUGUACAAGGGGCUUUGCACUAUCCCGGAUGUCCUCACCUACCGGACCCCUGUCACCCUGCCUGAAGACGAGGUGGAAGAGAUUCGUGAGGCUUUCAAGGUAUUUGACAGAGACGGGAAUGGCUUUAUCUCAAAGCAGGAGCUGGGAAUGGCCAUGCGCUCACUGGGAUACAUGCCGAAUGAGGUGGAGCUGGAGGUCAUCAUCCAGAGACUCGAUACUGAUGGUGACGGCCAGGUGGGUUUUGAAGAAUUUGUCACGUUGCUUGGUCCUAAACUCUCUGCAGCAGGAAUGCCUGAUAAAUUCCAUGGAGCGGAUUUUGAUUCUGUGUUUUGGAAGUGCGACAUGCAGAAACUCACUGUGGAUGAGCUCAAGAGAUUACUGUACGACACUUUCCGAGACCACCUCACCAUGAAAGACAUCGAGCACAUCAUUAUGACUGAAGAAAACCACCUGAACAGUCCAGAAUCUCAUGUGGAUAUUGACACGAGCCCAACGCAGCAGGAAAAGCACACAUGUGUGCGCAAAAGCCUGAUUUGUGCCUUCGCUAUCGCAUUUAUCAUCAGCGUCAUGCUCAUUGCAGCAAAUCAAAUGCUCCGCAGAGGAAUGAAGUAAAUAAAUUGUACCAGCAGGACAAAGAAAUCCAAGGAUCAAAAACAAACCAAAAUAUGUUCCCAUUUUGUUUUCUUCACACUUGACACCCGUGAUGAUACUAUCAGUGCAUUUUUCUACAUUAAAAAGAAUGAAAUGAUGUCACAUUGUGGUUUUGUGUCAGACCACACUAUACAAGGUGAUGAAAAUAAUGAUAGAAAGGCUUCUCAAGGGCUGACUAGUACAAGGAAAAUGGGAUCGGGUAGUAGAAUGUGAUUUUAUUUUACAUUUUAGGAUUCCAGGGAAUGUUUUGCGCUAACUGAAAACAUUCAGUCUUUUUCUUGACAGUCUUUCUAUUUGGAAUGGACCAAAAACACACUAAGUACCAAUGAUAGUAAUAAAGCAAUACACAGGUGAGUAACAUAACUCCCAUUUUUAAAUCUUGAGAUGAUAAAAUAAGAACUCAUUCCAGUGCAUUGAUAUUUUCUCUUAUCACUUAUCAUAUUUUCACCAAACGACAGCUCACAAAAUGUUCAGAUUUCAACAACCAGAUCAUUUGAAGUGAGGUUCUUCAGCAGGAAGGUGAUGAACAAUCUCAGUUUGGAGAGACAGAUUGUUUCUGACUGAGGUGACAAGCUAAGACCUAAGACAAUUGUGGAUGAGUGUCAUCUGAAAAACAGCUUAAGUUGAUAUAGACACUCACCCAGGUAGUUCGUACAGUCAUGACAUGUAACCAUAGAAACCAUAUCAAUACUUUGCUGAAGGUGCAAACACACUAGUCAAAGUCGAGAGAGAAAUAAACCACAGCAGUGUCUGCAGACUACUGAUCAGUUCUGAUUGAAUUGACCAGAUGCAGAACAUUGUUGGUACAUGUGAUUUUUUUCAAAUGACCACAAUCAGAUGACGACUCAAAAAGUAGUCACAAUGCGUUGUGGGAAGCAUGGGAUGUCAGUGAAUCUUGAUGUAUUUUAAAAACUUUACAGUGAUUCAUGCAAACAUUUUUCAUCUUUACUCUCAUUGAAUUUGCUUCUUCACUGUUAUAUCUAUCAGACAAGAUAUUAAAGUAGAGCAGUUUCCUGCUCCUUCGUCCAAUUGGUUGAAAGUGGAACUACAACUGUUGUAAACAACCUUGCUGCAGCCUGCUGUAGCUAGCGCUAACAAUGAGCUAACGCUAACAUGAGCCAACUAAUACUAAAAUAAACCACAAAGUAAAAAGAUCCACACCAUUGGAUAAAAUACAUUAUUACUUACAAGUCCAGUAACAACAGAGCCAGGUCACUAUCACUCUGAUUUUGUAGCCUCCUUUAGCUCCCUCAAACUAGCGUAGGCUGUGCCGAUGUUCACUCUGAUUUUAGCUUUUUGCUUCGUCUCCAAAGUCCUUACUCUGUUACUUUUACUCAUAGGCUCCGCCAUGAUGCCAACAGAAAAAACAAACUUCUUCUUUUUCAUCUUCUUGUGCUUUUUAUUGACGAUCGUGAACUGAAAAUGUUAACCACUAGCAUUACAGCUAACAGCCGUAAGGCAGGUAAAGAGCCCCCCUCGAACAACAGGUUUUUGAUCAGCUGAGGGCAGCAGAGUGGUGUCAAAUAUGAAACUGGUCAAGUUUCCAACCCAACAGUCCCUAAGAUUAAUGUUAAAGCUUUAGCUAAAAGUAAAAAAAAAAUACUAAAUCUAUUGUUACUUUAAUUGUUCACAACCUUUUUACAACAACCUACUUAAAAAGAGUUUAUUUCUGUAAAGUACGACCCCUUAAAUUAAUUCUGAACAGAACAGACUUCCUAGUUUCCAUCUCAAAAUCUUGGCUCUGAUGGUGAAUUUCUGUUGGUCAGUCUGUUGUUGGAUGAGAAAAUGAAAAACCCUCAAACAAACAGCUGAUCUUUAACCAUAUUUCAGUUUGGCACAUACAAUCGCAUGCAUUUGAUGAUGCCCAGAUUGCACAUAUAAAGUCCCCAUUAUGUUGAAUUUAUUUUAUUAUCUAUUAGCAACCUGUGGUGAUGUCUACAGCAUCACAUGAACCAUCAGAUCAUCUAUAGGACAUAAUUGUUAAUAGCUGAUAAAUGAAGGAUGUGAAAUGCAAGAAAUAAUCGUGAAAUCUUCCAUUUCUUAUAUCAGCCAUUUUGUGUUUUAUUCAACAAAUCUCCAUUAAGGAUUAUUGUGAAAUGAAGAUUUAAGUGAUGGUACAACUUCACAAAAGAAUAUUAUUUAAUAAUCAUGUUUUUAUUUCAGCUGUUAGCACUUUAUUGAGUUAUUAAGCGGUCACAGUUCACCGAUGACCAAUUUGAUGCCAGACUAGAUUCAUCUGUGCUCCAGUAAUGAACAAAAUUUUAAGUUUACCUCGAUGAAUAAAAAGUUUUACUUAAUAUUUUACGCUAAUUGAGCCUGCAUCAGAUGGGUUUGACAGAGCGUGAUUUCUGAAUGUUAUCUGAAAUUACAAAGGUUUAAAUAAGUGGAAUAAACCAGUGAGGUGUGUGACAAGCACUGCUGAAAUUUACCCAAAACUUUUCAACAAUGUCUCCUGAAAAAUAAUCACAAUGGUUUAAAGCUUACAUGGGGUGAUCUUGGUUUGGUUGAGCAGCUGGUGAUUUCCCCCAAUGGAACAAGUGUAGUUAUAUAUAGUUUUACAGCUAGACCACAGCUAUACAGUGAGGAACAUACGUAUUAGAACACCCUGCGGUUUUGCAAGUUCUCCCACUUAGAGCCAUGGAGGGAUCUGAAAUUCACAUUGUAGGUGCAUUCCCACUGUGUAGGCAGUAUUUUGAAAAACCAGGGAAUCACACUGUAUAAUUUUUAAAGAUUAUAUUUGUGUUGCACUGCUGCAGAUAAGCAUUUGAACACUUGAGGAAAUCAGUGUUGAUAUUUGAUACAGAAGCCUUUGUUUGCAUUUAAGAGGUCAAAGGUUUCUUGUAGUUCUUGACCUGCUUUGCAAACACAAAAAGGGUCUUUGGCCCACUUCUCCAUACAGAUCUCCCCAUGAUCUGUCAGGUUUCAGAACUGUCACUGAGGUUCAGCUUGCUAGGCCACUCCAGAACGUUGACAUGCUUCUUACUAGUUAUCCUGGCUGUGUGCUUUGGGUCAUCAUCAUGGUGGAGGACCCAGUUACUACCCAUCUUCAAUGCUCUGACUGAGAGAAGGAAGUUGUUGCUCAAAAGCUCACUGUACAUGGCUCCAUUCGUCCUCUCUUUAACCCUCUGGAGGCAGGAGUUGCGGAUUUGCAACGUUAAAACCUACCUACCUGGUUACUCCACAUACGUAUUUCAUGAGCAUUUUUAAACUCAGAAGUACCCCUGAAGGACUUAGUUGUUCGUAUUUUUAUCAAAACUUAUUUUGAGCCUGAGACGGUUAAUCAGUGCAGUCACCCUGUCCCCUUGGCAGAAAACCAUCAAAGCAUGAUGCUUCUACCUCUGUGCUUCACAGUAGGGAUGUUGUUCUUGGGAUGCAACUCAUCCUUUUCCCUCCAAUCACAGCAAGUGAAGUUCAGACCGAAAGGUUCUAUUUUGGUCUCAUCUGAUGACGACUUUGUCCCAUGCCUCCUCUGGAUCAUCCAGAUGGUCAAUGGCAAACUUCAGACAGUCCUGGACAUGUGAUGACUUGAGCAGGGAACCUUCUGUGCAAUGCAUGAGUAUAAACCAUGACAGAGUGUUCUACCUACAGGGACCUUUGAAACUGUGGCCCCAGCUCUCUUCAUGUCACUGACCAGCUUCUACUGUGUUGUUCUGGGCUGAUUCCUCAUGUUUUUUAUCAUCAGUGAUACUCCAACAGGUAUGAUCUUGCAUGGAACCCCCGUCUGAGGGAGGCUGACAGUCGUUUUUACCCUCUUCCAGUUUCAGUUUCUUCAACAGUUUCUUUUUU